AAGGACCGGUGCGGACGCGCAGGGACCAGAGAAGGGAGUCCCGGCGAUCCUGGGUCAGGCUCCCGGGACACACGAACCGCAGAGGCGCCAUGGGCCGGAUCACAGAAGACCUCAUCCGACGGAACGCCGAGCACAACGACUGCGUGAUCUUCUCCCUGGAGGAGCUCUCCCUGCAUCAGCAGGAGAUAGAAAGGCUGGAACACCUCGACAGGUGGUGCCGGGACUUGAAAAUCCUCUACCUGCAGAACAACCUCAUCGGGAAGAUCGAAAAUGUUAGCAGACUGAAGAAACUUGAAUAUUUGAAUUUAGCUUUAAACAACAUUGAAAAAAUCGAAAAUCUGGAAGGCUGCGAGGGGCUGGCCAAACUUGACCUGACCGUGAACUUCAUUGGCGAGCUGAGCAGCGUGAAGAGCCUGCAGCACAACGUCCACCUGAGGGAGCUCUUCCUCAUGGGGAACCCGUGCGCCGACUUCGAGGGCUACCGGCAGUUCGUGGUGGCGGCUCUGCAGCAGCUGAAGUGGUUGGACGGCAAAGAAAUAGAACGUUCUGAGAGGAUUCAGGCGUUACAGAACUUCCCAGAAAUCGAACGGCACAUCAGAGAGCAGGAGAAAGCUUACUGCCUCAGACGGGCCAAAGACAAGGAAGAGGCUCAGAGGAGGCUUCGAGAAGAGCAGGAGAGCGAGGAGGAGGAGGGUCGCCCAGGCUUUGAUGGGUGCUGGCAUGCAGCAGACAUCGGUGCUACUCUCCCGACCUCUGCAGCGAGCCAAGACCACCUCCAGGCUCCAGAAACGCCAGGCGGAGAGCCACACAAAAAGAAGUCAGGCGGCGGUGAAGACGACCUGGAGUUCUGGAACAGACCCUCUCUGUUUACUCCCGAGUCCAGACUGGAAACCCUCAGGCAUAUGGAGAAACAACGGAGAGACCAAGAAAAAUUAAGCGACAAGAAGAAGAAGGUGAAAGCUCCCAGGACUUUGAUCACGGAGGACGGGAGAGCCCUGAACGUCAAUGAGCCCAAACUUGAUUUCUCUUUGAAAGAGGAUGAAAAACGUAACCAGAUCAUCCUGGACCUGGCUGUGUACAGGUACAUGGACACCUCUCUAAUCAACGUCGAUGUGCAGCCGACUUACGUGCGGGUAAUGGUCAAGGGAAAGCCCUUCCAGCUGGCCCUCCCGGCAGAGGUCAGCCCUGACAGCAGCUCUGCGAAGAGGUCUCAGACCACGGGGCACCUGGUGGUCUGCAUGCCCAAGGUCGGAGACGUCAUCACCGGUGGCCAGCGAGCACCCAAGUCCGGGAAGGGUACCUCGGACGGCGGCCGAGAGCAGACGCAGGAGAGAAGCAAGCAAACUGAGAAACUAGAAGUGGACCCUAGCAAGCACUCCUUCCCCGAUGUGGCUAACAUCGUUCAAGGGGGGAAACACAGGCCCAGAAGAGUCCCACCCGAACCUGAACUUACACCCAGUGAGGAAGACCCGGACUUUGAAGACAACCCUGAAGUGCCUCUGUUGAUUUGACACAUCAGGCCGCACUGACCGUGACCCUGGGCCCGUUCUGCUCAGUGCAGAGUGUGCGCGCACAUCAUUUAUGGGAUAAGCACAGAGUCAUUUAUCGAUGUCGCUACCCCAGUGUUUUAGCUCCUACUUUCUACACUAAUAUUCUUAAACUAGUUUGAAAUAAAUGGUGUACCUUAAA